AUGCCUUGGAUUAAAGAAGCUAAUGAGAAAGUAAAGUUGGUGCGCCAGAGGAUUCAGACCGCUCAAAGUCGUCAAAAGAGUUAUGCAGAUAAUCGGAGGAAGGACAUAGAAUUUGCGGUUGGAAAUCCAGUAUUUCUUAAGAUUACACCUCUGAAAGCAUGUUUAAUGUCUGGGAAGGGAAAGAAGUUUCAACCGAGGUUUGUAGGAUCUUAUAAGAUUAUCCAACACGUGGGAAAUGUAGCGUACAAAUUGGAAUUGCCACCGAGUCUGUCUCGGAUUCAUAAUGUGUUCCACGUAUCCAUGCUUAAGAAAUAUCAUCCAGACCUUUCUCAUAUCUUACAACCGGAAAGUAUUGAAAUUGAUAAGACGCUCACCUAUGAGGAGAAACCAGUGAAGCUUCUAGAUAGUAAGGUGAAAGAACUGAGGAACAAGCGGAUUCCAUUGAUAAAAGUUCUUUGGAGGAACCAUGAACUAGAGGAGGCAACCGGGAAAGUUGAAGAAGAGAUUUGA